UAGCAACUGCAAGCAAGAACACACACAACAAGAACACACCUUCCUAGCAGACAAGAUGGCUCCCAUUGCCGCGGCCGAUGCCGUGAUGCCGAAGCCUGAGGACCAGCCUAGCCGUGCCUACGUGACGUUCUUGGCCGGGACCGGUGAUUACGUGAAAGGCGUGGUUGGGCUGGCCAAGGGGAUGAGGAAGGUGAAGAGCAAGUACCCACUUGUGGUGGCGAUCUUGCCGGACGUGCCGGCGGAUCACCGGAAGAUCCUGGUGGAGCAAGGCUGUGUUGUGAGGGAGAUCAAGCCGGUUUACCCGCCGGAGAACCAGACUCAGUUCGCCAUGGCCUAUUAUGUCAUCAACUACUCCAAGCUCAGAAUUUGGGAGUUUGUAGAGUACAGCAAGAUGAUCUACUUGGACGGCGACAUCCAAGUCUUCGACAACAUCGACCACCUCUUCGACCUCCCGAACGGCGGCUUCUACGCCGUCAUGGACUGCUUCUGUGAGAAGACAUGGAGUCACACCCCUCAGUACAGAAUCGGGUACUGCCAACAGUGCCCCGACAAGGCUCGAUGGCCCGACCACGCUGGCCCGAAGCCGCCUCUCUACUUCAACGCUGGCAUGUUCGUGUACGAGCCGAACCUCGAGACCUACCGCGACUUGCUCGGAACCCUUGAGAUCACGCCCCCGACUCCAUUUGCCGAGCAGGACUUCUUGAACAUGUACUUCAAGGACAUCUACAAACCGAUCCCCAACGUGUACAACCUCGUGCUCGCGAUGCUGUGGCGUCACCCCGACAACGUCAAGCUCGACACAGUCAAGGUCGUCCAUUAUUGCGCUGCGGGGGCGAAGCCGUGGCGUUACACGGGCGAGGAAGAGAACAUAGACAGAGGCGACAUCAAGAUGUUGGUGAAGAGGUGGUGGGAUAUUUACGACGACGAGUCCUUGGACUACAGAAACGUAGCCGCGGCGGAGGAAGCCGCGAAGCAAGAGAAAUUGGAGCGAUUCCUCGCUGCGCUAUCGCAGGUCGGAGUGCGCUACAUAACCGGCCCACCGGCGGCAUAGGUGUAGAGAGCUCGGCGAUGUUUAAAUGUUUGUAUAAAUAUUAUUAGUGAUGAUUAAGUACUUAAGCA